CAUCGCAGCGCCUAAUGAGUCACGUGAUUCACUCUAGUGUUGCCUACUCUGCUUAAAUAGUGAUCUGCCACCACCAAGCAAUAUCGGACAUUUGUGCGCACCUCUGGCUCACGUGCCCGUAAAUUGGCCACUGAGGAGGCAAUGCCACCUCAAUUAAUAAUCGUCCAUAAACAGUCAUUUAGCGGUUUGUUGCUCCUCUUAGUGUCAGUGUGUUGUGAUCAAUCUGCGACACCCACUAGCGUCUCGACGCCCUUCAACGCUCCUAAGGAUGCCCAAACGACCAUGUCAAGUUUAUCCACGGCAUCGCAAGAAACGAUUUAUUUAGAAACGACUGAUAAAUUGCACCUGCCCAUGUCUGUCUCUCUACCCGCAACUGUGGAUAUAGGAAUCACUUCAAACGUCACUACGACAGCCGAGUCGAAGGAAAGCACUUACGAACAUGCAGUCAAAGAAACGGGGAUAGCUGCCGUUAUGGUAACCACACCGACUUCCGCAAAGUCAAUUACCUCCAAAAGGUCGCAAGCGGCGACUACAGAAGAACAGACGGCGACUUACUUUACAACAGAAUUGACCACCGGAAGCCUCGUGAACAACAUGACCUCAGAGUUCACAGGGACGAAUUUCACUUCAUGGUCAAUGACGCCAGCGACGAAUCAGCCACCAAAGAGAUCACAAUUCAUCGAUGGUAUCCGGACCGCGAUCAAACAGCUCAUGUCUACAGCUGGCAGCGAAUUCACGCGGAAGCUACUGCAAGCUGAUAUAUCUACUGACUGCACCUUAGGCUUGCUGAAGUUUAUGCGAGCUAUCCAGGAGUUGGAGCCCUGGGCCCUCAGACUAAUCGACGCUACAGCCAAGUACCCAACCGGCUUCCUUCAGGGCACUGUGUCCGACCUGGGUGCCUACGAUGAGUGCAUUGAGACCGUGGUACGCGACGAGUAUGGCGUAAAGAAAGUGCGCGGCCAGUACUGCGACGUGCACCUGUUAAUAGAGGAUAAUUUACUAAUUGAAGACUUGCUACCGGCCAUUAUCUAUUCCCACAGCAGGGCGGCAAGCUUCAAGUCCAUCGUGAUGGACGCGAGUGUGCCGGGUCUUCGACUCGGGGUGUGCUUCAUCGAUGCUUGCAAUCAGCAAGACCUAGCCAACAUCGGCCGCACUUUGGUUGGAAAUGGCAUGGGAAUUACUGUCAAGGACUGCGUGACAAAUGAGGAAGAAGGGAUAAACAGCGUUCAAGCCUGGAUUAUUGGAUUCUUGGCUGUCCUCGCAGCAGUUAUUGCUGGAGCGACAACCUUUGAACUCUUUACUAAAAACUGGGAUGGCAAACGCCGGAGUGCCAUUUAUUACAAGUGUGUCACUGCCUUUUCGGUCGUGAGGAACACAAGACUGCUCUUGGUCGUCAGCAAAGACGACAACUCCGAGACACGAUGCUACAAAUUCAUACACGGUCUUCGUUUCUUGAGCAUCUUCUGGAUAUGUCUGGGCCAUUCAUACGCCGCACUCAACGAAAACAUAUCAAGGCUGGUUGGUGCUCUGGCUCUAUUCGAAAGCUGGGAGUCACCGAUUGUAUCGGCAGGCUUCGUAGCUGUAGAUACAUUUUUCUUUAUGAGUGGCUAUCUGCUGUACUAUGCCCUUAACAAGCAAAAUCAGAACCGCGCUCUCGUCGCAGUGAUCGCACUUGUUAGACGAUUCAUCAGGGGCACCAUUCCCAUGUUCUUCAUGAUCAUGUGCAUCUACCUUCUGCCGCUGAUAGCAUGGGGACCCAACUCGAAAGAAUUCUACGACAGGUUCUACACUGAAGUGCGAGACCACUGGUGGGACCUGCUCAUACAUAUUCGCAACUGGAGAGGGGCGGAUUUCGAAGUGGCCACCAUGGCACACUUGUGGUACCUCUCUGCAGACUACCAGCUCUUCGUCGUGGCACUAGCAGUGAUUCAGAUAUUUCGAGCGAAGAAAUGGCUCGUUGCUUUCAUCUUCGCUGGGUUGUCGCUGCUGUGUUGUGGCGUCGCUUCAUGGCAAAUAUACGGCACCAACAUGCUGCCAUUUAUUGUACCAUUGCACCCGUCAUACGGAGGUGUACUCGACACAACAAAGUACUACUACGAGCUUCCAUUCUACCACGCCGUCUGUUUCUUCUCCGGAUGCAUCACCUUCAUCUUCGUUGAGCAGUACGGCAAGACCAAGAUCUCCAAGUACUGGUUCUUCAUGUAG